GCGACGGCAGCAUAUAUGGAGUUUGGCAAAUUAAAUUACUCGUAUUAUAAUCAUGUCAGUCAAUAUGUAUGUUUAAAUAAUUGGCUUCCUUCAAAUCUGAUAAUAGAUAGACAUCCGAUAAAGAAAUCAAGUGAGCAGAAAGUAAAGCUAAACAAGUACUCGUCUGUCAUUACAGAAGAUAUUUCUCAUCUAGGAGCCCAAGCGUUUUUACAUGCUAUCGGUCUCAAGGAGGAGGACCUCGAAAAACCACAAGUCGGUGUCCUCUCCGUUGGUUUUGAUAGCAAUCCAUGUAAUAACCUUCUUAACAAGUUUGGCGAAUACGUAAAACAAUCUUUAGAGAAGGAAAAUCUUCUUGGUUUCGCAGCCAGUUCUGUUGGUGUCUCAGACGCGAUUACUCAGGGUACAAGUGGUAUGAACUACAGUUUACCUAGCAGAGACCUCAUAGCCGACUCAUUUCAGAUGAUUGUUGAGGCACAACAAUACGAUGCUAGUGUUUUGAUACCUGGUUGUGAUAAGAACAUGCCUGGUGCGCUAAUGGCAGCUUUGAGAUACAACAGACCCUCAAUAAUAGUUUAUGGAGGUACAAUUAAACCUGGCACGCAUCAGAUCGAUUGUCAGCCCCUCAAUGUUAAAAAGGGUGAUCAAAGCAACAUCACUGAUACUUUCGAGGCUUAUGGUGCAUAUCUCAACGGUAAAAUUAGUGAACCUGAGCUAAAAAUCAUCAAACAAAACGCAUGUCCUGGUUCUGGAUCAUGUGGUGGUCUUUUCACAGCCAACACUAUGUCGAGUAUUAUUGAAGCAAUGGGUAUGUGUUUAAGCUAUUCAGCUUGUACGCCAGCCGAGACUACCGAAAAGGUACAAGAAUGCUUAAAAAUUGGCCCAGUAGUACGUAACCUUCUCGAAAAGGAUAUAAAACCACGCGACAUUAUGACUAGAAGCGCAUUUUUGAACGCAAUCACCAUUGUUAUGAUAUUGGGUGGAUCAACCAACAGCGUUUUGCAUUUAUUAGCUAUUGCACGUAGUGGUGAUGUCGAAUUGACAAUGCAAGACUUCAGUGAUGUUGCUGCACGUACACCCUUCCUGGCAAAUAUGAAGCCUUCUGGUAAGUACAUGAUGCAAGAUCUACACGAGGUUGGUGGUCUCCCAGCAGUCCUCAAGUAUGUUUACGAUAGCACCGACUUGUUGGAUGGAAGUUGUCUCACCGUCACCGGUCAAACUCUUGCUGAAAAUCUCGCAAACAUCACAGUUGAUUAUGAUAAAUUCCAUACCGUCAUCCAUCCUCUCCAGGCACCAAUAAAAGAUACUGGACAUAUUCGUAUACUUAACGGAUCAUUGGCUCCUGGCAACGCAGUUGCAAAGAUUACUGGUAAGGAAGGUCUGAAAUUCGAAGGAACAGCCAUGUGCUUCGAGGAAGAGGAUGACGUUUUGCAGGCAGUUGCGGAUAAGCGUAUAGUUGCAGGAACAGCUGUUAUUCUUCGAUACAAGGGCCCUAAGGGGGCGCCUGGAAUGCCAGAAAUGUUAACACCAACUGCAGCCCUCUAUGGUGCAGGAUUGAGUCAAUCGUCAUGUCUUAUUACAGACGGUCGCUUUUCAGGUGCUUCACAUGGAUUUGUCAUUGGCCAUGUUGUUCCGGAAGCCUUUAAUGGUGGUCCUAUAGCGCUGAUCAAAGAUGGUGAUCGAGUUAUUGUCGAUGCCAUCGAGAACACAAUCGAUGUAGACAUAAGCCAGGAAGAACUCGCUAAAAGGCAAGCUGAGUGGAAACCUCGUCCAUUGAAGCACCAGAGGGGUGUCUUGUAUAAAUAUUCCAAACUUGUGUCUGACGCUUCUCAUGGUGCAUACACUGACUAACAUAUCUUGCAUUGCAUUGUAAUAACAUUUGAGUUUAUUUCUUUCUUA